CAGUUUGUUGCCGGCUGCGAUGGAACUCCAGUGUAAAGAGACGCCACUGAAAGCGGAAGUGGUGUCUGUUGCUAGCAUGGAUGGUAUGUACCUGUGGAGAGAAGGGAUUGUCCAGUUAUUAGACCGUUAAAUAGCUGCUUCAUGUGUUGACAGAGACAGUUGUUAAAUAGCUGAAUCGGCAGUCUCAUCUCCUUACUUGGUGAUGCUGCUGGUGAUCGUGUGAGGAGAUAACUCCUGUGGUCCCAUCGCUGCACCACACACUUCCUCAUGGAUUCCGGAAAUGAUGAGGCACUUGAUAUCAUUAUCACCAACGUAGUGGCCACCUUCAGGACGAGAUGCCAUCUUAACCUGCGCACCAUUGCUUUAGAAGGAAUCAAUGUCAUUUAUAAGCCAGAAGAUGGGAAAGUCCUGAUGAAGCUUCGUAAGCCCAAGAUAACAGCGUCAAUUUGGUCCUCUGGAAAAAUAAUUUGCACUGGAGCAACAAGUGAGGAUCAAGCCAAAGUGGGUGCACGCAGGUUAGCACGCUGUCUGCAGAAACUUGGCUUCAAGGUGAGGUUUUCAGCUUUCAAAGUUGUAAAUGUUCUGGCGGUGUGUUCCAUGCCCUUUGCUAUCCAUCUCAUAGACUUCACUAAGAACAACCGUCCGAUUGCCAGUUAUGAACCAGAGCUCCAUCCAGCGGUUACCUACAGGAUCAAACAUUUAAGGGCAACGUGUCAGAUUUUCUCCACCGGCAGCCUCACAAUUACAGGACCAAAUGUGCAGAAUGUUGCCACAGCCGUGGAGCAGGUCUACCCUCUACUGUAUGAGUGUCAGAAACCUCUAAGGAAGGCUGAAGGAGUCAGUAGGGAGUGAAGCACCUUAGCUGUCUGUUUAUUUAUUUACUUUUUUUAAUCACUACCUUCCAACAGCCACAUUCAAACACCCGACACACUCGCCUGAGAUAAAAAAAAAAAAUGAAAAGAAAAAAAAACUACGCUUGCCUCACUUUGAAGACUUGCUGAUGUCAGUGUUGUGUGACAAAAAUGUAUUCCAGGAUCUGUUUGAACUGGAGUUGCAUCGAAUGUGUUCUUCUGUUGCUUAUUGUUG